AUGGAUGCUUUGAAGGCUGCUGCAAACCGCACUCUCACCGAAAAUUGGGACCCCGCCUACAAGUCUACUCUAUCUCCCACGCUCGACGCAUUCCAGUCGCUCCGACCUGGCUGGUUCGACUCCGACCUUGGUGAUACCCUAAAGAAGGCCUGGGCGGUAGAUCCUGAGGUGACGCUCCGCAUCAUCUGGAACAGCAGGAGUAUCCAUGAUGGGAAAAUGAGUCUCAUGUAUACUAGGGCCUUUGGUUGGCUGUUUGAAAAUCACCCCCGCACUGCGAUUUCCAACCUCCCUCAGCUCAUCAAACCCGUCUGCAAAUUCGGAAAAAGUGAGGUCACGGCCCCGCACGGCUACUGGAAGGAUCUUCUCAACGUCGUGGCGCUUGCGGUCUGCCGCCAGCUUGGCCCUCUCGACGGUCCCGCGCCGUUCCUGCACUCCGCGCCGCGCUGGAAAUCCUGUCUUAGUGAUAGGACCAGCCGCACGCCGGAAGAGCACCAGGAAUACAUGGCUCAUCAAAAGCGCGAAGCUCGGGAGCGCCGGAUCGCCAAAAACUCUAAUUUCCACACCUCGCUCGUCGAAGCAUUGAAGGAGCCCCGUAUCCGCGCGCUUUACGUUACUGUUGCACAACUCUUCGCUGAAAGGCUCGUCGAGGACUCUAUUCUGGCGGAUCGCGCUGCAUCCAUGUCUCCCGGGGAAGAACGCACGGCAAUCCUUCGUCAAAUUAGCCUCGCCGGAAAAUGGGCCCCUUCGCCUGGAUGUUCACACGAUCGCGUCACUAACCUGUCCUCUGCCAUCUCCCUGCUCAUUUAUCAUGAUCCCGCUUUCCAUCUUCGUCCCACGCUCUCCAUUUCUCGUGAUACCCCAACCACCACUCUCGAUACCCACAUCCUCCGCUCUUUCUAUCAACGUUGGAUUCUCCGUCCACUCCGAGAAGCGCUCUCUUGUGCUGAGUCGCUUAUGUCUACGAACCGGUGGUCUGAGAUCCAGUAUCGUCGCGUUCCCUCCAUCUGCAUGCAGCGGAACCUCCCCAACUUUUACCGGCACGACCCAGCUCGCUUCGAAAAGUAUCUCGAUGAUGUCGAGGGCGGGAAGGCCAAGAUCAGUGGUGCGACCCUCCUUCCACACCAGCUCAUUAUGGAGGCAGCCAAGUGCCGCAACGACGUCAACUACACCCCUAACCCCAACUCACACAACAUCCGGGACUUCCACAAGCGCGUUGCGGAGACGAAGCUGCGCGGCAUAGAGGCGCAGUGGAAGGUCAUGCUCGACCGGGUCCGCGAGGCGGGCACUCUCGACAACUGCCUCGCGAUCUGCGACGUCUCGGGUUCGAUGGGCUACCUCUCCAUACCAGAGUCGCGCUCGGUCGAGCCGAUCUUCCCUGCCAUCGCACUGACGCUCGUACUCACAAGCUGCGCACGGCCGCCGUUCGCGAACACGUUCAUCACGUUCUCGGCGGAACCGGAGGUCGUGCGGCUCGAUCCGGCGCAGACGCUCGUGCAGAAGCUGGAUGCGAUGGAGAAGUCCGCGUGGGGCAUGAACACCGCGUUCGACCGCGUCCUGCUCGACCUCCUCCUCCCGCUCGCCGUCGAAAACAACGUCAGGCCCGAGGACAUGGUCAAGCGCCUCUUCGUUUUCUCAGACAUGCAGUUCGAUUCGGCGUGCGGCGGCCGGAGAGACGCGUGGGAGACGAGCCACGAUGUGAUCGAGCGCAAGUUCCGCGAGGCCGGGUACGAGCUCCCCGAGAUCGUCUACUGGAACCUCGCCACGCGCGAGACGACGCACCCUGUGACACACGAGCGCAAGGGCGUUGCUCUCAUGAACGGCUUCUCGCCCGCGAUGCUCAAGGUGUUCAUGGGCGACGCCGAAGAGGAAGACUUUGAGAUGAUCGAAGCGAGCGCGGAAGAGAAGACGAAGCAGAAGCUGGAUCCGAUUAAUAUCAUGCUCAAGGCGGUGUCGAAGGAGAGUUACUCUGGACUUGUCGUUGUAGAUUAG